GUUUUUGUUUUCUCCCUUUUUGGAUGACUUGAAGCUUCAUGAUACCACCAAUAAAUGCAGAAUGCUUACAACCAUAGAUUCAGUGCAGCAAUAAGUCAGUAUGUACAAAAACCAGGUUUAUUGCCAUUUACAACCUAAGGUUUCUUAAUUUGUUACCCUCUUUUUGAACUGUGUCAAUCAUGAGUAUGGAUGCUGCUGUAACUACCAAAUUUGUGUGUGCGCCACUUCAUAGUUUGCAUGUGAAUCUUGUGCUUGAUUAAGGCACUUGAGGCCACCCAGUGUGCUAGUACGACAGCAGUUGGAUGUGCAGCCUGCUAGCUGCAUUCUCUGUCAGAAUUAAUGACUACAUAGCCCGGAAUGCAAGGCUCCGUCGGCAACUUUUGUGUCGUCUGUUGCAUGUACUUCGUAUCACAUGUGUUUAUGCUGUUUCAUGUAAUAAAGUUACAGUGUUUGGGGGUUCUCCCACUGCAGCUCCACUGUCAUGAAGGCUGGUGAGUUAUAACAAACAACAGAUUCCCAUUCUUGAACAAUUUUCUGCAUCUGUAACUUAAAACACUGUGGUUCAUUCAUUAAUAUUCCUAGUUGUGGAAAAUGCUUACAAUGAAAAUCUGUUUGAUGCUGGUAUCAGUGUGCAGAGUACAGUGUACAGGAAAGGACCUGUUCAGUAAUAUUCUCGCAUGUAACUGGUGUAAUACUUUAUUCGCUUUGAUUAUCGAUUUUGUAAUAUCGACAUUACAAUUGAUUGUUUAACAGCUAUAUAUUACUAAUUGUGACCUUUCAAAUGGUUUUGUUAAUACAAAAAUGUUUUCCAAUUGGGAAGUUUCAUUGAGGUUGGAAAUAUCAGAAGAUAGCGUGAGGCGGAUAAAGAACAACAUUGAUUCAGGUGAAGAAUUGAGCCCCAGAAGGAAGAAUAAAUGUGGAAGAAAACCAAUUUUCACCCCAAGAUCAGAAAGAUUUCUCAAAAGAAUUUACCUAGAAAACAGAUUUGCAACAACGAAACAGAUAAAAUCUCAACUGGAAGAGGCUAAUGUGAAUGCAUCUGAAUGCACUGUUUGCAGAAAGUUGAAGGGUAUUGAUUUCAAGGCCUGUCGACCCACUAGAAAACCGAAGUUAACAGCCACAAUGAAAGCAAAGCGUCUGAAGUGGGCUAAACAGUGGUGGGAUAAGGAUGUGGACUUCUGGAGAUCGGUAUGCUUCAGCGAUGGUAGGACGUUUGAAAUUUUAACUAACAAAUCUAAGUGUGUGCACCAUCGAACAGGAGAAAACUUCCAUCCCGACUGCAUUAUUCAGACUGUAAGACAUGCGACUAAGGUGAUGAUUUGGUCUGUCAUCUGUGGUAAGGGUGCAAGACGUCUUUACAUAGUUAAAGGCAUAAUGAGGCAAGACCAGUACAAGGAAGUCCUGCAAAAAUGGUUAAUACUACAGCUCAGAGAAUGGUUCCCAAAUGGGGAACUAUUUAUUUUUAUGCAGGAUGGAGCUCCCUGUCACACAGCCAGGAACUAGCUACUGAAAACAGGAUGCUACGCACACUUCAGAAGCGUCAAGAUCUAGCAUUGAAACGAUUUGAAGAUAAAAAAGCUGACCUUCCAGUGCUUCUGAAUGCACACACAGAGGAAGUUCGUACUCUACGGGCCACUAUAAAACAGCUUCGAGCUCAAGUACGUGAAAUGGAAGCGAAGAUGAAAGAUCGUGAUACUGAACUGACACUUUUACGAGAAAGAUGCUCAACACUUACAGAUUUGUGUAACAACAAACAGCUGGAAGAGAGAGAUGUACUGCAGAAACGUGUUGAAGAGUUGACAAAACUAAAUGAGGAGCAAACUGAAAGGAUAAAGUUGCUCAAUCGAAAAGUUACGCUUGAAAGCAAAAAUUAUGAACAUCGGUUGAAAACAGAAACAACAAACCACCGCAACACACAACGUGAACUGGCUAGAGUUUUGGAGAAUGCUGCACAACUUCAGACUGCUCUGGAUGAGAAGGAAAAAUUCAUAAGAUCUAAAAUAUAUCCAACCAGCAACAACAGACGAAGGAAUGAAACUGGGAUUGCAUCAGUUUCCAGCUUUUCUCAUUGCAGUGCUGCUCAAAGCAGAUUUCCAGAACUCCAGAAAGGAGAUCAAUUCCAAGGUAGUGGAAAAGGAAGCAGAUACUUCUCAGAAGAAAGUAGUCAUAAUCGUAGCCACAGCACCAGAUUUUCUCUGGUUCAAGAUCAAGUAACACCCCAAUCUUCUGAUGAAAAACUGGACCAGCUACAGAUCACAGGAACAAAGAAGUUGAAUGCAGCUACACCAUGUUAUAGUUUGAAGCAACAAAAAUAUGGAAGGCGUCAUCAAGACCACCAAACCAUCCAGGAGGACCCAGACUCAGAUUCACAACAGACGAUAGUUUCGUCUGGUGGAGAGCUAUUUGAUGAUGUAGGAGAGCGAGAAGAGCACACUGUCACUACUGAUGAACUUAGUAGACUGUCUUCUCCACUUGAGCAGCAGAAUUCAGAUCAAAGCAAGGAAUUUUCAGAUAAUGUUUCUGAAAAGCCAUUGAAAUUUGUGUCGAGUUUACACACUCCAAAGAGCUACAGCAGCAGUCCAGUGACAUCACAACUAAUAGACAAUUCUCUAAAAAAUUGCUCUGAUAAUGUAAUACAAACAUCACACAAUAAUGGUAAUAUAAAUGACACAGCACACACUCAUUUCAACGACACCUCCACUUCAUCUAACUCUCACUCACAUAACAACAGCUCUGAAGAGCACAGUGUGGAAGAAAAGAAUUUUAUAAGAUCACCUUCCUUGGCUGAAACUAUAUGUAGUGGUGAAAGCGAAACUGUUCAACAGCCUUGCAACUCAAUUGAGAGACCAAAAAGGGUAUCAAAAAAUACGGUAAUUAAAGAAGAGAAUGUUGAGAUAAAUAUCAAACAGCAUGCACCUAUAAAAGAGGAAGAGAAGCAAAGUACAUUCAGGAAAGGAGAGCUGUUAGCUGCUUUGGAGGCUAUAGACAAAGGGAAAGAUGUCCAUACAGAUGUUGGCGUAGAAGAUACUGAAAUUGAUAUUGACAGGGCUAAAAAUAAAACAAAUCUGAUGAGAGAGUUAUUUGGAAGUUCUUGAAGUAUUUAUGUAUUUUUGAUAAAAUCAUUUUGUUUAUAGAGUAUAUUUUGAUAUGAAUAGCCAGUUAUAAUACACCCACACUUUGUUGAUGCAAAAAAACAAUGCAGGUAGAACAAAACUCUUUAAAGCAAUAUUCAGUUGGUAGUGAAGAAGCUAAUAAGUUGAAUGAAUAUCUCAGUAUAUAAGUGCACACUUGCCAUCCACUAUGUUACAUGUGCACGAUCUUGGAAAGAUACAUUACAAAUCAUUCAUUUCAGUGUAACUAGUCACAUGAAAACACUGUGAUAAUACAUAUUAAUGCAAGAAAAUUUAUAAUACUAAUGUUGAUGUGUCUGUGUAGUAUAUUUCUGUUGGGCUUUAAAAUAUGGCAUGUGUUUCAUAUU